AUGAGCUCAUUCUUACGGAAUUACGGUACCGCUUACACAGCUGCCGCUGCUGCCGCAGCAGUAUAUGGAAAUCUAGGUGUCGCUGGCCAGGUUGCUCAGACCGCUUCUCAAGCUCAGCCUCAGACAGCAAGCAGCGUGUUCGGGUCGACAACAACGAAUCCUUAUGCUACUUAUAACACUUCUGUAGCUGCAUCGUAUGGGUACGGAACUCAAUCGACGAAUGCGGCCUCCAUGUAUGCGGCGCAAGCUGCUCAAGCUGCUCAGGCAGUCCAAGCUCAAGCUCAGGCCCAAGCGGCCCAAGUCCAGGCUCAGGUGCAAGCUACACAAGUGAGCCGCUUGUCUGCUGAUGCUGCUUACGCUGCUGCUGCUCAGGCUGCCCCAACUCAGUACUCAACGUUUGGAACCACUGGACAAAUUGCAGGUAGAAAUUGA